UAUCGUCUGUUCUGUGUCUGAACGUCGGUGGGUGCUGUUGGCACCGGUGUCGAAUCCACUAUAGUAUCCACCAUCAAUAUAAAGACAAGUUUGCUAUACAACCGGGCGUUCAGACGGAAAUUAAAGACGUAAAUUGGCUAACCGGUUGCACCGGUGGGGCAACCGUCGAAUUAAAGAAUACGCCUUCUAGUUCAAUGACAUUUCCCAGAUGAUUUUUUCAUCUGUCAGACGUGGCAACGUUGAUCUACUUUUCAUUACAAAAGAUUUGUGAAAUCUACAAAAAUCUGCGGGGAUUUCUAGAUUUUUUUGAUAAUGGCAGCCUCAAAACUUUCAAAUGAAGAAAAGUUGUUACGCUUGCUAUACCUGGGAAGAUUGGAUGCAAAAUAUAUUUGUGGAGGCUUUGAAAAAUACGAAUCUCCAUCUCAAGACAAAACAGACUUUUUCAGUGAACUUCUAAAGACAUCUCAUACUGUUUUACUCAAGCAACUUGAAGCUGUUAACAAUGAAAAACUCAUACCAUGCAGAUCUCAACUUUUCAGUAUACUAGCAUUUGCUGUGUGCUUGCCAACAACUUCAAAUCAAAUUAAGCCUGAAUUAUGUGGAGCAGUCUUGAAACUUUGUAAAACAGACCAAGAUUUCUUUGACUUCAUCAAGUUUGUGUCACUGUAUCGAACAAUAUGCAACAAGUCAAAGAUUCCUCAUACAGUUGCAAAACAUGUAUCAAAGUUCUACACUCAAAAAACUGCACAGGAGCUUGCAAAGUCUUACACAAUGCGCAAGAGUUAUCACAAGUGGAGUCAUAAAGAUCUCAUGAAAGUGGGACAUGUUAAGGCAGAUACCAUUGUAAAACAGGCAUUGAUGAAUUAUAUUCUCUACAAAAAUGUUAGUGAGGAUGCCAAUCAAGAAGCAAAGACUUGCAUAGAGCUAAUGCAGAAAUCUGAGCAGUUAAGAAGUGCUAAAGAACCCACAGUUGCUUUGCCUAUUAUCAAUGAACUUAAAGCUACUAUACACCAAGUGGAACCCAGUCUUAGAAAAUCAGCAGAUGUUUGGCAUGCAGUUCUUCCGAAUAUGCCACUAUCAGAAGUAUUAUACAUACUUCCAAAACUUUACAAGUUAGGAUUUUUGAAAAAAGAAACCCCAACAUUGUCUAGAAUCAAUGAGGCUUUGAAUAGUUCUGAUAGAGUCAGAGCUAGUGGCAUACACCCAAUCGAAGUUUUUAUCCACAUGAAAAACUUUGAAAAAGGGGGCAAGCCAUUGGAUCCAAAAUUGCUGGACCACCUUGUAAAAGAACGAAACCUAACAGAAGCUGAACUUGCUAAACUUAAAACUCCAAAUGAGGCUAAGUGCCCUAUAGUGAUGGGCUAUCUUCAGAAAUGCAUGAAUCUAUCCUGUAGUAAUGUCCAACCUUGCAAUAAAAGGUUCCUUAUAACUAUUGAUGUGACAGAUAAGAUUGAUACUCCCUGUUUGAGAAACAGGAAUAUUACAGGCAUUGAGGUUGCAGCAGCUUUUGCUUGGUUUUUGCUUAGAGUAGAGAAGGAUGUCAUUGUAGCUGUUUUCAAGGAUAAAGAUAUUUAUGUUGUUCAUUUAGACAAGAAGGGACAUUUGAACGAACAUGUAUCGAAAUUGAAAGAACACAAAUCGAAGUUUUUGGUGCUUUCAUCGCCUAUUGAAUGGGCCAUGUCACAAAAAAAGCAUAUUGAUGUGUUCAUUAAUUUUAUCCAUCAUAAGGACUACUAUUCAGCGAUCCCGAAAGAAGUUAAAGAAAAAAUGUCAAAACCUGUAGACACGAUGCAUAGAUUCAGGAAGAAGUUCAACUUGAUGCAAGCAAAGUUGAUUAAUGUUUGUCUAUCCUACCCACACAUGGUAACCUGUGAUGGGUCUCCCAAUAUCCUUGAUGUUGCAGGCUUGGAUGAAGGUGUUCCUAAAGUUAUUGAAGCCUUCUAUCGCGGCAAUUUCUGUUGAUGAACCUCAUCAAAACAGCUCUCUCGAUCGUACACAGUCAGGUAUCGGAAGUGUUCAGAUAAAUUUUACCAAAUUAUUUUGAUAUCUUCGAACGAUUAUUAUUUAUUAUAACUAGCUAGUUUUGUAUUGCGGUUUCAAUAAGUUUGUUAAAUGAAAACAAUCUGUUUCUAGAAUUUUUUAGCCAUUUCACUAAUUGUUCGGUUUUUAAUAUUCUUGAUCAUUGUCAGUUUAUCCUUCCUAUAUAAUUUGCAUCGUGUUUGGGAUCUCAUUGCAAGUUCAUGCGAAUUUAAGAUUAGCCUGCCUAAAUAACUCGCUGCCAUGUCGAGUAUGCGAAUUUGGGAUUAGAAAAAAAAUAAUCUCUUUCAGAUGCGACACCUGCUGUCGGUCCCGUUGAUCUUCGCGUCCCCAACCCCAACUGCUUGCCACAUUUCCCGUUUAUGUUCAUUAGCGUCCGGAGGAUUUUUUCCUAGGGGUUGUUACGCGUUAUUAGCCUGACGUCACGAAUGUCAUACAUCGAGCUACAGAAUUAAGUAAUUUGUGUUUAUUAUUUUCCCAGAUGCGUUUAGACCAGAUAAUUGAUUUGUAUUGAUAAAACUGCAUGGAUCUCAAGUUGGCGUUGAUAGAACCUGAUUUUUGACAGUGUCGUCUCUGGUAGUACUCUGUGGCUAUGUAUUAAUUUACAGGUGGUGAGAAUAACCACUGAUUUCAUAACGCAUUCGCGAAAAGUAAACAGUAGUUUUUCUCAAAACCCAUAAUAUAAGUAAGCACAUAGCUGUUUAAGUUUAAGUGGCCUCCGCAGAAUAUUACACAAUUCAGCUUAGUAACAAAAGAGAAAUGUUUUGGACGUUCAGGUUUUCUCUAACCUUAAAUUGCAUAUUCGGCAUAGUUUCCAGUUAUCUAGUCGCCCAGGUCUUAAGAUAUUUGAUAUCAUUAAACAUCAAAUAAAAAAAAAAUAAUAAAAUUGACUGGUAGCAUUGGUUUCUAAUAUCUUAAUCACUGAUAAACUUGCAGUACGAUCUAAUGCUUCUAUUUAAGGUUAUAUAUUAACAAAUAAGGCUUUUAAAAGUAGCUUAGCAAUAGGAAAGCUUAGCAAUUACAAAAAUACUCAUAUUUUUGGAAAAUAACUAUGGACAGACGUCAUUUAUGAUUUAGUCUAAAUUAGAUUUUCACAUUUUUCGUCAAAUAGGAUUUUAGACCUACCUUUUGACGUUUUCACAUAUUAUGUCUUCAAGAUAUUUUUCAAAAAUAUUCUUUUCAUUGAAUACAUGGGUGAUACAAAACAAGUUUUAUUUUAUAUUAUUUUUAUAAAAAAUAAUGUCUAUAGGCACAUACUUAAAUGUCAAUAUUUUAUUUAUACUUUCCAUAAAAACAGUUAUUUUCGUAACUCUUUUGGGUAUUCUCCUUUUCUGUGACCAAAUAUAAAAUAUAUACAUACGUAGUAGUUCUAUUUAAACAAGGAUAUUUAGAAAAUAUGGUGUUUUGUGAUAUUUAAGUUAUUUAUAAUAUAUUUAUAGUAGUUGAUAAAGUCGAAACCAUGAUUUUCAAAAAAUAUCCAAAAGUGCCUUGAAGAGUUGCAAAGACUGUUUUAGACAAUUCUGUUGAGUUUACGACUGAGAAGUGUGUAGUCGACCGAAAAUCGAUGAAAUAGAUCCAUUUGUCGAAUCUCUGUUGAUGCCACACUUCGACGAACAUUCAAAUCAAAAUAUAUGUUUCUGGUUAACUUAGUUUUAAGUUAUGAAUGGCUUGUUACGUUUUAAUUUUGUUGUAUUACUUAAAAUAACAAUUUAGUUAUAAUGACACCAAAGUAUACAGAAUUCGAAGAGUAUGGUCAUCUGUUUCUACUACUGUCCUUAUUCAGUUAGACGCAAAAACCGUAUAAAGUGCAGCGUCGCUUAAGAAAUUUACUUCCCACGCCAACUGGCGAAAUUCCAAAAUGAGAUAUCUCUUUUGGAUGUUACGAAUGAAACCUUUUGUAACAAAUAAUAAAAUUUUUAAGGGAUAUAAAAAUCUAACAAUAUUUUACAUAUCAGUUUCUUUCACGGCGACGACUACAUCAGUUUUUACAUCAACAGCCAAUAUGAUAGUAUGGUGAAAAAUCUCCUAUGUGUUAGCACUGGAUGGUUUUAUGCGCUAUUGUAUACAUAGAAAGUUUUGUUUUUACAGAAUAAUACAAUUUAAGCUGGACUAGUGGUGGACUAUAUUGGUUCUCUUUAGAGAUGAUUUGCAUCACGAAAAACCAUGUCACUCAUUUUCAUCAGUCUGUCUGUCCGCUAAUCAUUGGCUCCGCUAUACUAAGGACAGAACCGCUUGGAUGUUGAGGAAAUUUUUGCACAAGGUUGCUGCUAUACCAAGGAUGUGAACACAUGGUUUUUGAAAGUCGAAAAAAAUUAAAAAAUAAAUAUCGCGCUCACCUCGUAUUUUGACGUUCAGCGACUUUUGAUCAUUGAGAGUUGUUUUUCGGACCUCCAUAUUUUUUAUUUUUACACACAUAUUUUGGUAUCUUCCUUCUACAAUCAUUAUCUGAAAAUUAAUGACUCAACUUCAAAGUAUAUAAAAUGUAUCUGUGAAAUUUUAGAACAAUGCAAAAUUCAAAUAUCUCCGGACGAUAAAGUUUUUUUUAACUCGCAACGUUUCGAUCGAUGUGAUCUUGAAUCGUCAUCGACUACAUAUGUAUACCAUUUGAUGACAUAGCCGGUGGUUGGUGGUGAUGUUGAUUGAUUUGGAAUGGUUUGAUGUUUCUCAUAAUCGGUUGCAAUACUGGUUUAAUUUCAAUACUUGGAUUACUGUCCAAACAUGAUCUGCUAUUCCAGAUUUAUUCGUCUCCCCUUUCCGUGUUUGAUGUAUACUCUUUUAUUCUUAUUGAGAGUGGCCUUUUUAUUUCUCCUAUGUACAGUAUCGGAUUAUAAUAGAGCGACGAUAUAUUUUUUUCUUCUGUUGAAAACGCAAUAACGCAAGAGGAAUUAAAACUCAUUAAAACAAAUACAUUCAUUGACAGAAAUACAUUUAUUACAUUCUAUACCAAACUUCUCCCAUAUUGACAAGAUUCUAAAAUGAAAAAGAAAAAUCAAACAUUCUUAAACGACAAAAGUUAAGCGACGCAUACAAUAAAAAUAAUACAAAACAAUAUUCAAAAAACAAAUACAUUAUCAUGUUGCCUUCCUAAUAUUUAGUCCACAGUCCUUUAUUUGCGAGAACCUGGCGGCACCUUUGAGGCAUGGAAGAAAUUAAAUUAUCAAUUAUGUUUUGAUCAAUAGUUUUCCAGAUAUUUCCAAUUUCUUCAAAAAUUUGCUGUUUAUUUUUAUAGGAUUUGGUUCUAAGUUGCCUAUCUACAAUUUCCCACAGGUUUUCGAUCGGAUUAAGAUCGGGUGAUUGGGCUGGCCAUUUAAGAAUGGCAUAGUGGCAUAUUCCAUUCUGCAUAAGGCAGCAUGAUAUUUUCAAGGAUAUAUUUAUACUUAAACCUAUCCAUAAUGCCCUCAAUGUGAUAAAUUGGUCCCAUUUCAUAGCCAGAGAAACAACCCCACACUAACACGUUUCCACCUCCAUGUUUUAUAGUACCUUGGACAUACUUUGGGUCGAGUCUUUUACCUGCAAUACGCCGAACAUAUUGAACUCCAUCACUUUUGUGCAAAUCAAACUUUGACUCAUCACUAAACAGUACUUUUUUCCAUUGCUCUGGUGUCCAAUGAGCAUGUUGGGCUGCAAACAGACGACGUGCUUUAAUAUUCUUCUUACUAAGAAGCGGUUUUUUUGCAGGUUUGUAUGCCGUUAAGCCUGCUUCAACUAGUCUGCGCUGUAUAGUCCGAGAAGAAACAUUAGAGUCCUCAGCUUCAGCCAGAAUUUGUUUUGCUGACAAAAAAGGAUUUGCCUGAGAGAUCCUCUUAAUUCUCAAGUUUCUUUGUAGUUGUUCUCGGUCUUCCCGUCUGUUUUAGGUUGACCCUAAUUCGAUAAUUCUGAAUUGUCCUCGACACCACAGAUUUUGAAACCCUCAGUUCUUGUUUUAUAUUGUGGUAUUCCCAUCUUAUAUGAUGCAAUAAUUCUUUCUUUAAGAUCAACAGAAAAACUUUUACCGCGAGGCAUUUUAUACACAAAAUAACAUUUGAUACCGACCACAACCGAUGUUUAUGUACUAAUGGUAUGAACAAUAUGGGCAAAGUCGCUCUAUUUUUGUCCAUGAAAAAAUGCAUAAAAACAUAUAAGGUAUUUCUUUAUCUCUCGAUGUUAUCACAAGAGGCAAAGAAUAUUUAAAUACGAUAAACCAAGGUAUUAUAUGUACUGAUACUACAAAAUUGCUCGUCAUCAUACGAGGUACAGUGAAAAAGUUUUUUAAGGAUAUUAUAGCGUCGCUUUACUUUUGUCCGAUACUGUAUAUCUCUGAUGGUACCUAGUAAUCACAAUCCUUGGUAUUUUGUUUUUUAUUUAUGGGUUUUGUUUUUGUGAGGAUACUGCGAACUGUGCUGUUCCUUAAAAAUCUAGUUUCGUUUUCUAUCGGCUUCUAAUUCUUCUGAUUGCAUCACUUAUUCCGUCAACAUAUGGCAGAAUUGGUGUAUAUCCUCUGGUUCAAUGCGCAUGUUUCUACUGUUGUUGCUGUUGUUUUAUUUCAGAACUUCAUUUAUCGGUCGUCUUGGGUAGCCAUUUCUUAUCCAUUCUACUUUGAUUUAUUUCUGGAGAUUUGCUUGGAUGUUGCAGAUACUCUGCUUCUUCGAAGUUGAUGGAUAACUGGAACAGAGGUUUAGGUAUUUCAAACAACAACUUUUGAUCAUUAUAAGAAAACAAUUGUAAGGGUUGAACAUUUGUAAAUGUUGCGUCUGUAGUAUCAGUAAAAGACAUUCUAUUUUUGAUCGGUAAUAUUAUGCAACUAUCAGACAAAUUAAAACGCUGAGAAGUUCCAACCAUGCCAAUUAUUAUAUUUUCAGCUACAUUUCUCGAGUUUCGCCUCACACUCCCUGAGCUGCGACCUGCGUGCAGAGUUAUUUUGCCACGGGUUGGAGGAGAUUCUAGUAGCGGCAUUAGGAAUAUUUGAUGAUUGCUUUUGCGUUUUUGUAACACAAGUAAAUUUAACGUAACGUAAUUUAACUUUGUAUCGAGUUUGUUGACUCUAAAUCUCACAUACAAUUACUUUAGGGUCGCUGUGACGUUAAGGCUAGCAAGCAACCCCUUUUUUAUUGCAAUAUGUGCAAUUACUUUGAUCAAGCGAGGUACCGGCUAGUUUUCGAAGUACGUGGUUUAACAAAGAUUUAAUGUGCAGCAGAAGUCUGGUGGGUUCACCUGACAGGCCUAACCUUGGCAGCAUCAUGGAAGAAUCACAUGUGUUCUGAAAAUGGUUAUACUCUUUGUAAUCUGUAUACUUUGAAUAAUACUAGGUAGCUGUAGGUACUGUUUAACUGUUGCGAUUUCAAACUCUCAUCAGCUUGCAAUCCAUACAGCCAAUGAUAUUCAGUGAUAUUUUUUUUUAUUUUGAGUGAUGCGAUAGUUUUUGUUAUCUAGUUAAUAAACGAAUGAAAAUACCGGACCUCACUUUAGGGAGUAAUGAAGAAAAACCUUUGAAAUAGUGAUUUUCUUUGGAUAUCACUUUCGCUACUCGGUUGUAUUGAACAUUUGUUAUUUAUUUAACAAGUUUCUCAAUAUUCAGAGACAUAGUUUUUAUUGUAUUUCGACCAUUGUGUUGAAGUAAAUAUUCAAAUUCUGUGAAUUAAGGCUGUUACUAAAUUUUCGUUGAAAUACUCUAUAUAUAUACGAAGCUGCUUCUGUGAACUCUGAUUAAGUCACAUUUCAAAAACACAUUUUUGUAGGCAGAUCAAAAAACGAAGAAUGGGUGAAUAUACUUUUAAAAUUAUCAUUUUAUUUUCUAACUAAACGAUAAUUGUUCAAUUCUGGUAGAAUCAGAGAGUAUAGUUAAAAUGGCUUAUUCAUUAUUAAGCCAAGCACACACUGCCUACUUUGUAAUAAAAUUCUGAUGUAUUUUUAUAUAGCGACUUCAAGUAAUGCAUGAUUUAAUUUUAAAGAAUUUUCAGACAAUUUUUCGUAUCUCACUUAAAUAUGCUUAAUUUAUAUGUGGAUAAUGUAGUUUCUUCAUUAUAUCAUCUAUAUAACGCAG